CGUAAAAUGUGAACUAGUUUUUGAAAUACCCCUAAUUCUUUACUGAAGGACGGGCCAGUGAAUGGCGCAUGCUCAGUGCGAAUAGGGAGUGUUGGAGACAGCCAACAGUGCAGGGAAAGGCAAGGCGGUGAAAAGAGAAGCCCGUCUUCCUUUCGAAAAGGGAAAAAGACGUUAACGGAGCUUCGUUGUAUGUCACAACCGGCCAUGCCAACGACACAGCGAUGUAUUAUUACGGCAAUCGGAAUAAAAUGAGCGCUAGUGCAGCCGGGCCUGGAGUGGAGAGUUGUGGGGCCGGGUGUCCGCAUAGCGCCAGCCGCUGCUGCGGGGGAGGAGGCUGCGGUGAGCCCGUCAGCGGUGACGGAAGCUCGGCCGCUGCGGCUACAGCCACCAGCGCUGCCCCAGUGCGGAGCUCAGACAGGGAGAACAGCGUAGCAGAGGCCCAGGCGUUCCGCGAAUGGGACGAUGCCACCUCCGGCGAUGCGGAUCCGGCCCAGAAAAUGAACGAGGAGGGAUUUUUUACGAACGGCGCUGCUGAUAUCACACGGGAGGGAGACGAAUGCGCGGAUUCGGGGGAAUACAGCGGAGGACGCGGGCGUUUUUGUAGACAAAGCACUGGAGCAGGCGAGGAUAACACCAUUAAUAUUGAUCACGAAGGAGCUGGCUUGCGGUGUUUCAUGAGCGCUAAGACAAGAAGGGACGAGCGUAGAGCGAGCGCGAGACUGCCGCCGGUGCGCAUCGCGAGAGCCCGACGAGGACACACGGCUCACGCCGAGACCGAGCGCGCGAUGUCGACAGUCGCUGCAAGGUGUGGUCACGGAAAUUCCGAGCCCGCGGUCAUCAAGCGCCGGGGAUGCAGUUUCACCCGAGCCUCCAAGAGGGUGUGUUUCUCGGGCAAGUACUGCGGCAGCUCGGACGCCGCGGCCCGCGUUGGUUCCAAUGGUGAAGCUCACGUGAAGAGCUCCGCGAGCACUGCCGAGACUUUCAGGCGCACGUCCUUACGUCGUAUCCACUGCGAAAACAGGACCGGGGCCCAAAAAAUUAAUUUCGCAACGUGCCCGCCUGAUGAAAGUGCCCAGCUGCCCACAUGCAGGACAGCGAAGGGGCGCGUCAGACUGUACAGGGUGCGCUCCUUUCUUUCCAGCUCUGCCCACUAUAACAACGGGGUCAGCAGAAAUGGUGCCCCUCACAAUAGCCUUUCACUGCAAUCCUCCCUCCAAGCCGAGCCCGACCUACGUGAUUGCGUAAAAAAGCCCCUGUGUGCCCUCUCCAUCACUUCUUCUCAGUCUGAGAGUGGGCCUCCUAACGGGACAGAGCCAGAGCCACAGAAGUGUGACCGUACAAGUAUGGGCAUUGAUGCACAUGGGACUGAGGGCCCCAGCACGGAGCAAAUAGAGGCGGUGAGGGGUGAAGCCGAGCGCAGGCAGGCAGAGCUGGAGGGUCGUACCGACCACCUCUGGCGGCGCCUGCAGGCCAUACAGGUGAAGCAGGUGGAGAGGCAUGUCAUGCAGCAGCUGCAUGGCCUACACAGGUGCCUGGGGUUGAGCUGCACCAGAAGGCCCAGUGCUGUGUCCAGAAACUCAGCCGAGCUGAGCAGGCUGGCGUGCAGCUGCAGCGAGAUCCUCCGGACUGCAGAGAGCACCCUGGACUCGGACCACACGGCCAGCAGCUCAGGAGGUGACAGUGUCAGUGAGGAAGAUGAGGGAUUGGAGAGAGGGGGACGUCGUUUUAGACCGCUGCCAAUAAAAUCAAUUGUCACUGGCAAAGAAUGGCAGUGGGCGGAGAGCAGGGCGUGGCUUGGCAGCAGGUGGGUGUGGCUGCAGACUCAAGUAUCAGAACUUGAGUAUCGGAUCCGUGCGCUGACAGAGCUUUACACGCAUCUUCGACAGGGAAAGGUUCGGUCCACUUGCUCUGUCCCUGACACACCCCUCAGAGCAUCAAACCCCUCCUCUGCAUCACACAACUACAAGUUGUCCUCUGCUGGUGAUCCUAGCAGGAAGUGGCAGACAGAAGACACCACCACUCCACAAACCGUGCCCAGUCCUCCACCUUCUGCCGCACGGGUUCGACCGUUACUCCGGCAACGACGUCACAGACUCGUUCGCCUGGAAGAUUGCACAGCACUGGGGUCAAAGACAGUUUCGUUACAGUGCUGGUGUGAACCACCGGCUGUGUGUGUGUUAUGUAGUGGUGCUACUUCUCGCUCCCCCUCAAACAAGCGUCUGUGGAUGCGUCAGACCUGGCUCGAUAUGUCCAUUCACCCUGUCCUCUCAAUGCCAUCAGAUUCACUCCUUGCACUGCAUUGUGGGAUACGCCCGCUGGCCGGGCACCACUCUCAUAAUUCACUACAGUGGACAGACAUGUCAUCGGCGUCCUCUUGGCCAGGGAGACGGGGCCAGGGACGAGUUGGGAGAGUGAGAAGGAGACUAGUUUGUCCUCAUCCGCCCAACGCACUGCCUCCUUUAUUUAACACACCUGGUGGUUCUGGGUGCAGAAGUCAGAGGGGUGUGAUUAUUCCCAACUGUCUUCAUCCACGAGCUCCAGAUUUACCCAUUCUGCCGUCAACACCCCCAACGACAGACACACCCACUCAGCCUUUGCGAAGGAGGAGAGCAGAAUGCUCAUUUGACAUCGACAACCUGGUGAUGCCUUUGGGCUUGGCUGGACUAGGAGCAUGUGUACAAAGAUUACAAUACAAGGAAAUUAUCACCCCAAGCUGGAGGGAGCUGGACUCUCUCUCAGGGCUCUCUAAAAACCAGGAAGGGGCACAUGCCCUGUUGUUCAAUUACAAUAACACACAGUACCAGCCCAAUGGAGAAGGGCUAGACAAUGAGGAGGAAGAGGUGGAGGAUCUCUCUGACGCUGUGUUUCUGAGCCGCCAUGCAGUUUGUGAGAGCAGAGAGAGGAGUCGGUGGGGGAGCUGGGCUCGCAGACGUCGCCGGGGCAGAUCUUCUUCCUCCUACCAUGGGGAUGGGAAGAGCUCCAGGGGAUUGGAGCAGACACCUGGCUCUCCAGAUUCCAGGCAAAGUCAUUUUGCAGAAGGAGACAUCUCGCCAUGCAGUCCCUUCUGUACUGGAACGGAGGAUCCCUUCAGCCAGGCUGAGGAUGAACAGCAGGCUGCGCUGCCAUGGGAAUGCCGGUCGUUCCCCUUGCAGGAGUCAGAACUUCAGUGGCUGCAGGAGGAGGAAGAGGCGGAGCCCGACGAGGACCCGUGCACCGCCAGCGGCCGCAGCCAAAGCACGGACUCGGGCAUCUCUGUGGGCAGCCUGGAGCUCUCCCCGAGGACCCCUCAGCCCCCUCAGCAGCACUCAGGCACAGAGCGAGCCACCCCUCACACACUGUCCUGCAAACCAGCCACCCCGACGACAGUCUCUACAGCUCAGGAUUCUCCCACACUUCCUCUUUCCUUAUACUCAUCCUCUCCUUUAUCAUAGCGCAUCAUUUGUCCAACUGUUUUUUCUGCGCUAGUAUGAAAACAAAACCACAGGUCCCAAUGCCAUUGACCCUGUCCACCCAUUUAUCUAACCACAAGCACCUUGUGUCCUUACAUCCUGUGCCCUUUCCCUGAACCUUCUGGAGCCUUACAUAAAACCACAGAGCCUAUUAUUUAUAAUCUUCCCUCAAACCUUCACUCAUUCGCCCAAUAACAAGUGCAUCUUCACCAACAGCCCAGUUUGGCCAUUAAGCAUCUCUGGUCCUUCCUUAUACAUCCUUUCAACUCUGCUUCACCAGCCUGCCCCCGAUACAGCUGCCGUUCAAUCUGAUGUUACUGUAAUGAACAGAUGGUGUCUGUUAUUCCGUUGUUUAUUAAUUUUUUGGACCUGUCUAAAGCUUUUUCUCCAGCUAUGUCAGUCAGUCAUUUUGUGUUUUAGUUAAAUCCUUGUUUAAAGCUCUAUGCUGUUUUCACAGAUAACGAUGUUACGCCAACAUGAGAUGAACCCAAUUUGAAAACUCUUGGUUAUUGAUCUCCAUAUAAAGGCACUACAUAUUACCCUCAUAUUCUGUGACCUUAUUCAUGUGUUGUAUUGUAUGUAUUCCGCAGAGAUGUAUGCAUACUGCCGAAGAAUCAUAGCAUUUCAAGUCUGUUUCAUGCUCUCUGGGAUGCUACAUGUGUCUUUCCUUUUGAGCUCAACACAAGAAGUAUUUUUUUAUUAUUAUUAUUUACAUAUGACAUGCUAUGCGUGUGUGUGUGUGUGUGUGUGUGUGUGUGUGUAUUAUGUUAAAGGAAGAGUGAUAGUUCUUGUGUUAAUCAGAGAGUGUGUAUGUGUGUGUGAUUUAGACAGGUCUGCUGUACUGCUGCAUUAGGGGGUAGCGUUGAAUAAAAACAUCAUUUUGUAGGAACACAACAAAACUAAGUAAAGUAAAUGGAAUUUCUAUUUGAAACGCACAUGAUGCUCUCAAUGCAAAGACGUAAUAAAAGGAAUAAACACAUAAAUGCAAACUA